CAGGGUCAGCGUCCGCGCGCCGCCCCGUCCCGCUACCGACGGCCGCCCUCGCUCCCCGCGGCGGCGGAGGACUACGCCUCCCGGCACGCUCCGCGCACGGCGCGGCUUCCGCUGGCGCGUGGUUUCCGGAGCGGAUCGGAACCCGGAGUCCGGAUCCGAUCCGGCUCGGGCCAUUCCCAGGGCAGGUUUAAAAGAUGGCUGAAGAUGGCAAUGAUGAGACUAUGUUUGUUUGGUGCGAGGACUGUGGGCAGUACCAUGAUUCAGAGUGCCCUGAGCUGGGCCCGGUGGUGACAGUCAAAGAUUCCUUUGUGUUGAGCAGGGCCAGAUCAUCUCUCCCUUCUAAUUUGGAGAUAAGACAAUUGGAAGAUGGGACUGAAGGAGUAUUUGCUUUGACUCAGCUAGUGAAACGUACCCAAUUUGGCCCAUUUGAAUCCAAGAGAGUUGCCAAGCUUGAAAAAGAAACUGUUUUUCCCCUAAAGGUGUUCCAGAAAGAUGGGCCUUUUUUAUACUUUGACACCUCAAAUGAAGAUGAUUGCAACUGGAUGAUGAUGGUGCGACCAGCCACUGAACACGAGCAUCAAAACUUAACUGCCUUCCAGCAUGACAAUGAUAUUUAUUUCACCACCUCCCGGGACAUCCCACCAGGAACUGAGCUGCGAGUGUGGUAUGCAGCUUUUUACGCCAAAAAAAUGGAAAAGCCAAUGCUGAAGCAGGUCACUAGUAUUUCCAAUGAUAUGUGCUUGGUAGUGAUGGAAUGUGAUAAGGAGGGGAACAAAGUCUCUCCAAAGCCCUCAACUGUCGUCUUCCCCCAUAAAAAAGCGAAGAAAUCCAGCAUACAAGUAGCUGAUCCAACAGUGAGCACUCCAGAAGGCAGUGGAGCUGCAGAAGCAGAACCCAGCCAGUGGACAUGUAAAGUGUGUUCAUCUGCUUUCCAGGAGCCUCAGCUUUUGACAGAGCACUUGAUGAGUCACCUGGAACAAGCUAAAUGUGCCCCCCAAACCAGCCAAAGUGAGGUUGUUGCAGAUAAAGUAACAGAGGCUCCCCCUGCGGAUCCACCAGUGGUUUGUGAUGCUGCCAGUGCCAGUACAGACUCAAGGAGAAAGGCCAGGCGGGGAAGGAAGAUCAAAACAACAAAAGCAGAAACAGAAGCACCCCUUGUUGCUGAAGAGAAAGAUCCUGCAGUGGAACGUGUAGCUGACACUGCAGCUGAAGUCCCACCAGAAGAAGUGGCUCUGCCAUCAGCUGCAGAAGAGAGGAUAAUGGAAUUGGUUUUAGGAAAGGUGCCUAGCACCACGAAUAGCAUCAGUUCAGUCACAAAUAGGUUUGCUCAUCACCAAAACAGCAUGUCCCUCAAAAGAAGUUUAAUUCUCUCCAGUAGACAUGGUAUACGGCGGAAGCUGAUAAAACAACUUGGGGAGCACAAAAGAGUCUAUCAGUGCAGUAUCUGCAGUAAGAUCUUCCAGAACAGCAGUAACCUCAGCAGGCACAUCCGUUCUCAUGGUGACAAACUAUUUAAAUGUGAGGAAUGCGCAAAGCUGUUCAGCCGUAAGGAGAGCUUAAAGCAGCAUGUUUCAUACAAGCACAGCAGGAAUGAAGUGGACAGUGAGUACAGAUACAAGUGCACAACAUGUGAAAAGGCUUUUCGAAUAGAGAGUGCCUUGGAAUUCCAUAACUGCAGGACAGAUGACAAGACAUUCCAGUGUGAGAUGUGUUUCAGAUUCUUUUCUACAAACAGUAAUCUUUCCAAACACAAGAAAAAGCAUGGAGAUAAGAAGUUUGCAUGUGAAAUCUGCAAUAAGAUGUUCUACAGGAAGGAUGUCAUGCUGGACCAUCAAAGGCGACACCUGGAAGGGGUGAGGCGUGUGAAAAGAGAAGACUUUGAACACAGCACGGAAAACAUGGUUCGCUACAAGAAGGAGCCUUCAGGAUGUCCUGUGUGUGGGAAGGUGUUUUCAUGUAGAAGCAAUAUGAACAAACACCUUCUAACACAUGGAGACAAGAAAUACACCUGUGAAAUCUGUGGACGUAAAUUUUUUAGAGUGGAUGUGUUGAGAGAUCACAUUCAUGUCCAUUUUAAGGAUAUAGCACUAAUGGACGAUCACCAGAGGGAAGAGUUCAUUGGUAAAAUUGGAAUCUCAUCAGAAGAAAAUGAUGACAAUUCUGAUGAAAGUGCAGAUUCUGAGCCUCACAAGUAUAGCUGCAAAAGGUGCCAGUUAACUUUCGGCCGAGGAAAGGAGUACUUGAAGCAUAUAAUGGACGUGCACAAGGAGAAAGGCUAUGGCUGUAGCAUUUGUAAUCGACGCUUUGCCUUGAAGGCCACUUACCAUGCACACAUGGUCAUUCACCGGGAGAACCUACCUGAUCCUAAUGUGCAGAAAUACAUCCAUCCAUGUGAAAUCUGUGGAAGGAUUUUUAACAGUAUAGGGAAUCUGGAAAGACAUAAGCUUAUACAUACAGGUGUAAAAAGUCAUGCUUGUGAGCAAUGUGGCAAAUCAUUUGCUAGGAAAGACAUGUUAAAAGAACACAUGCGGGUCCAUGAUAAUAUCCGAGAAUACUUGUGUGCAGAAUGUGGCAAAGGAAUGAAGACAAAACAUGCACUUCGUCACCACAUGAAACUUCAUAAAGGGAUAAAAGAAUAUGAAUGCAAGGAAUGUCACCGAAAAUUUGCACAGAAAGUCAACAUGCUGAAGCAUUACAAAAGGCACACGGGAAUCAAAGAUUUCAUGUGUGAGCUCUGCGGGAAGACUUUUAGUGAGAGAAAUACAAUGGAAACUCAUAAGUUGAUUCAUACAGUAGGAAAACAGUGGACGUGUUCAGUCUGUGAUAAGAAGUAUGUCACUGAUUACAUGCUCCAGAAACACAUACAGCUCACUCACGAUAAGGUGGAAGCCCAGAGCUGUCAGCUGUGUGGGACAAAGGUUUCUACCAGAGCAUCCAUGAGUCGACAUAUGAGGCGUAAACAUCCAGAGAUUCUUUCAGUGAAGAUUGAUGAUUUAGAGCAGCUGCCAGAGACUACAACCAUUGAUGCCUCUUCAAUUGGGAUUGUUCAGCCGGAAUUAGCCUUGGAACAGGGAGAAUUACCAGAAGGAAAACAGCAUAUGAAAGCUCCUAAGCGUGGCCAGAAACGAAAGCAGAAGUCGGGUGAGGAGGAGGAAACUCAAGUUCCUGAGGACCCUGCCUUCAGUGAAUACACAGAGAAGGAAGCUGAAUUUACAGGAAAUGUUGGAGAUGAGACUAAUUCAGCUGUACAGAGCAUUCAGCAGGUGGUGGUGACCCUUGGUGACCCAAAUGUCACAGCGCCGUCCAGUUCUGUUGGACUGACAAAUAUCACUGUUACCCCCAUUACAACGGCAGCUGGAACGCAAUUCACAAACCUCCAACCAGUGGCUGUGGGCCACCUGACUGCUCCGGAGCGCCAGUUGCAGCUGGACAACUCCAUUCUCACUGUGACGUUUGACACAGUCAGCGGUUCUGCCAUGCUGCACAACCGCCAGAAUGACAUUCAGAUCCAGCCGCAGCCAGAGGCAGCCAAUCCUCAUUCUGUGGCCCAUUUUAUAAAUCUAACCACCUUGGUGAACUCCAUUGCUCCUCUAGGAAACCAGAUCACAGAACAGCAUCCUCUGACGUGGAGGUCGGUGCCUCAAACUGAUGUCUUGCAGCCCGCGGCACAGCCAGCGCAGCAGCAGUCAGGACAGCAACAGGUUCAAGCAGAGCAGCAGCAACAGAUGUAUAGCUACUAAUUUAUACUUUGAAAAUUUGAAGUGGACAGUAGAGACAAAAACACAGGAUGUUUGGAAAAUUUCUGAUAGGAUUAUUUGCUGGAUACCAAACAGAGAUGGGAAAGUGUUUAUACAAUGAAACGUAAGCUAAAGUUGGCAUCGCACCCUACAACACCUGUGAGAAUCUUGAGGUUCUCACAUCAUCUCUAAACCUUGCAAUGUUUUUAAAAGGAAAAAAAAAAAAAAUCAAAACCAAAACCAUCACUAAUUUAGUACCCCUGCUAAAUUGUACUGUGUAUUUUGCACUGUGAAUUUGGGGCAGUAAGAGUGAGAUUUGACAGGAAGCGUCAUAAUACAUCUUAACCAAAGCAGGGAAAUAAUAUGGCACUGGAAAUUCAGAAAGCCUUUUAGCCAUAACAUGACACUUCCUUCCAAGCUGUAAACUUUAUACGAAGACCUCGUUGACAGUGAGCUGGAAUACACUUGUGGUCAGCUGGUAGAGAAUGAAAUGUACACAGAAAUGGGCGGAACAAUAAUUGUUUUCUUUCUCCUUUUGGUCCUUCUAACAAUAUUGGUAUAAUAGGUGGAGGCUGGGACUUGAGGGUGGGGCUGAGUGUGGCGUGGAAAAAAAUAGACCAUUUUCACAAGCAUUUCCAUUUUAGUGAUGGGAAAAGCCCUGUACCCGUAACACUGUUAGUGCUACUUGAACCACAUAGCUGGUCUAAUACUAAAGCAACGUCUGUGGUCUUCUAGUCAAGUCGGAAUCAAAUCAGUUAUGAACUGAAACAAGAAUGUGAUACAGUUUUAUGUAAUUUUAAAGAACUGCUCUUUCAAACUUGCUUUUAGCUAAUAGAUCCGAAGAGUAAUUGGUCCUCUUUGAUCAAGUUCAGGAUGUGAAUUUUUUUUCAAUUAGUCUUCUUUCAUCGUGUAAUAAACAUUUGAGAAAGUAUUCUUUUUUAUAUAUAUACAUAUAUAUAUAUAUAUGCCUUUGUACUUUAUUGUGCAUUUCUGGUGAAUAUUUGUGUGAAGGACACUUAUCAAUAUAAGUCAUUAAUUUUUUCAUCCCUGUAUUGCCCUGUCUCACAGAAAUAAUGCAUGAAUUCUAGUCCAUUCUAUUUCCAACUUUCAGAGCCUCACACAGUUGUGUGAAAUGCAAGACAAAAGAAAGCCUGAAGCAUGCUUGGCCACGUGGAGGCAGCAUGCCCUAGUGUAGAAGGGGCAAGGUUUGCCUGAAUAUUGGAGCUGUAAACUAGGGGGUUGGG